AUGCCCAAAAACGGGGAGCGGGUGCCGCCAGAGCUGCCGGCCCAGGGCACAGCGGGACAGGGCGCCCUGCGGCAUUCCCCGGGCCACCCCGGAUGCCUGACGCGGGGAUGUGCAUCUGUGACUCCAUCCCCGUCUGCAUCCCCGAUCUCAUCUGCAUCCACAUCCACAUCCCAAUCCCAAUCUCCGUCCCUGUCUCCAUCAGCAUCCACAUCCCCGUCCCCAUGCCCAUCUGCUCCUGUGGCCCCAUCCCUGUCUGCAGCCCCCUUCCCGAAACCUGAUCCGGGGACAGAGCUGCGGCAGGCAAGAAUCAAAGGCAUUGCUUAA